AUGCCAACUUCGAUACAGGCGAUUCAUGAUUUGUGUGCACGCGAAAGUCGUAAUGAGCGUUGCAGCGAUGAACAGAAUCGCAGCCCAGAACUCCAGGUUCUGUCCGUCUUUCACUUCCUGUUCGUAGCGUUGAUUAAUGGCUCUACAGGUGUGCCAUUCGGUCGAGUUGUUAUUGUGGAAGAGGAUUAUGCGUUUGCGGUACGGGUCGAAGAGUGUGCAGGUGUCUGGGGUGUCUUCGAAUUUGGUGGCUUCGCAGAAGGAAAAUUGGGGUGCAAGGGAGCCUGGUGGUGGCAUUUCAGUUGGACUUUUGGAUUGUCUGGGUGGAUUCUUGUGGAUUUUGAGAGGGAGAGUCUUUAUGUUGAAGUGUUCGUGACGGAUAAAUAUGAACAGCCGAAUGAAUGUGUGCUUUAG